AUGAGAAGGAGAAGAGGCAGAGGAGGAGGAGAGGGGGAAGGAGGAGGAGGAGGAGGAGGAGGAGGAGGAGGAGGCCUCCAGGAGGCCAACGCCAGACAGGGCCGCCGCCGUCCCUGGCGGCCCCCCUCCGCGACCAGGUCCUCCGAGGGCGAGGAGUUCGAGAUCUUCACGACCCAGGUGCUGGGCUCCGGCGCCCAGGGCACCGUCUACCUGGGGCAGGCGGUCGCCAGCGGCCGCAGGGUGGCCGUGAAGGCCAUCCCGACCUGGCGGCUCAUCCUCGAGGAGGGCGGGCAGGAGAGCCUCGCGUCCAUCGACAGGGAGUUCGCCAUGCUGCGGAGGAUGGGCCACCACCCCAACCUGGCGGGCCUGCUGGCCACCGCCGACGUCUUCGCCGAGGCGGGCGCGCGCAGGGACUUCCCCAAGUACAAGUUUCUGGUGAUGGAGGUCGUGGAGGAUGCGCGGGAACUGGCGGAGCACGUCGCGCUGAACGGGCCCAUGCCCGAGCCCAUCGCGAACCACGUCUUCCUGCAGGUCCUGGACGGCCUCGCACACGUCCACGGCAGGGGCGUGAUCCACAGAGACCUCAAGCCCGAGAACGUCCUCGUCUCCGGCGACGUGGUCACGCUCGACAGCGAAGUCAAGCUUGUCGACUUCGGUGUUGCCAAGUGCGUGAGCACUGGGCCCCUCAAGACAGUGGUUGGCACCCCGUCGAUCAUGGCACCGGAGGUCGCCCUGGCGAAGAUGGGUGGCGCAAUCAGCGCAGGCGGUUCGGCACCAGUGGCAGAUACUGCAUUCUUUUGGUCCACGGGCACGGCGGGCGAGGCCGGCACUGGCAGGUUGGAGACUCUGCCGACGGCGCCAGAGAGUUUCUGCCCAAAGGUCGACGUGUGGUCAGCGGGGGUCGUGCUGUACACAUGCCUGACAGGAAAACUCCCGUUCAAAGGUGAGCACGAAAUAAUCCAUUCGGACUACCUGACCCACCCCCUUGAGCAUGUCUCCGAGGAGGCGAAGGACCUCUUGGCGAGCAUGUUGGAGAAGGAUCCAGACAGGCGGCUGUCUUUGGAGGAGUGCUUGCAGCACCCCUGGGUGGCCUGCUCUGCAAAUGAUGCGUGCACGAUCGACUACGACAGCUUUAUGAAGUCUUACGUCCGCCUGACAGAACGCUGGGCCAGGGGGCCUCUCGACGCCCAGGGGAUCCUCGGCGCAGCUGGGCAGGCCCCCGCGGCCCGUGCCGCCGAAGACGCCACGGCGGACCGGCGCUCGCUGGCGCCACGGCGGGGCGAGGAAGAGGUGGCCGGGCUGCCGGGGCCAGGCCGCGGAUGCACGCGUGCUUCGCCCACGACGGCCGGGGUCUCCGGCUAUCCGCCGUGCUCCGGAAUGGUGCGCGUGCUGCUGGCGCUGGCGCCACUCGCCGUCUGGCGCCCCUGCACGGUGCAGGCCCUGGGGCCGCCGCUGGUGCAGGGCUCGCGGGCGGAGGCCAUGGACGAGGCGAUCCUCGCCACUGGCCUCAGGCGACCGCUGAGCCACUUGGCCCCCGCGCAGCUGUGGGACUCCCCGGAUGAGCUCAGUCGGCUGAGGGCGGCGUAUCAAGACGAUCCGGAGGGCUUGCGCAAGGCGCUUCAGAUAAAGAUGCAGCAAAGGGUGGCCUCCUUGGAGCAGAAGCUGGUCCAGACCGACCGCGAUGACGAAGAGGCAAGGAAGGAGCAUACACCGGCGCAAGCGAAUACAACGGAGCGCACAAGAUCUACACCGGAGGAGAAGUAGCGGCGUUUUUAAGAUGUGAGAUCUUGGUUGGGGAUUGCAAGUGCGAUAAGUGUUGCGCAAAUCCCGGAAUGAUGCAUGUAAUUGUUGGCAGCGGAAGCAAUCCUGGGAACAAUAGUUGCAUUCACAUCGCAGCGGGAGUUGACCAGAACGUAGACAAGGAGCUUGCGUUUUGUACGGGGAGGCGCCAGACCCCUGGGCCCAGAAUGUGACGGGAGGGCUUGGUAUAUUUGUCAAGCAUGUUGGCCAAGAAGCCAUUCUGAAGCUUCCCCAGUAAAGCCCCCGUCUCUUGUCCGUUCUGCAGGUUCACCUCAUC